ACUUUAUGUCUAAAUCUCGCGAGGUCACCAGUGACAUACCGAGAACGCCACAUUACAGUGUAGGACAGAGACACGGAAGAUGGCGGCGCAGGAGACCCAAGCAGCAGCACAGCAGUCCACCGUCAGCAACGGCGAGGUGAGCAGUAAUGGCGCAGCUGCUUCUGGCCAGGUUGCACAAACGGGUGCGACUGCACCAGACCCACAGCAACAACAACAACAACAGCAGCCCAACGCCUGGCAAGUCAUUAAGGGCGUCCUUUUCAGGAUCUUCAUUAUAUGGGCCAUCAGCAGCUGGUUCCGCAGAGGGCCGUCGACCCCUGACCCCAGCACCCCUCCAGGCGCGCCCCGGGUGCCCAGUCGCAACCUCUUCCCCAAGGACACCUUAAUGGAUCUUCAUGUGUAUUUAUCUGAAAAUGAGGUAUUUUCAGAAUUUAACAGCACAGAAGCCCUGUUUUGGCUCCAGCGUGACCUGAUCUACGGAGACUGGUCCACGGGAGAGGCAGGAGACGGUUGCUAUGAGCAUCACCUAGAACUGGACACACCCGAGAGCGUGCAGCAGAACGGCUCGUAUUACAUCCACGUGUACUUCACCAAGAGUGGCUUCCAUCCAGAUCCGAAACGCAAAGGCCAGUAUCGCAGACUGUCGACCGUCCAUGCUACACGAAUGCUGAACAAGUACAAGCGCAGGAAGUUUCUCAAGACGAAGAACUUGCUGACAGGAGAGACAGAGGCUGAUCCUGAGAUGAUUAAGCGGGCAGAAAGUCACGGUCCAGUAGAGAUCAUAUCUCACUGGCAUCCCAACUUAACUAUCAACAUUGUUGAUGAUCACACAGCCUGGGUGAAAGGCUCGGUGCCUCCGCCCCUCGACCAGUAUGUCCAGUUUGAUGCAGUGAGCGGUGAUUACUACCCCAUUGUUUACUUCAACGAUUACUGGAACCUGCAAAAGGACUACUACCCCAUAAACGAUACUCUAAAGAAGUUGCCCCUGCGCCUCAGCUUCUGCCCGCUCUCUCUGUGGCGCUGGCAGCUUUAUGCAGCCCAGAAUGCUCGCUCACCCUGGAACUUCCUUAGCGAGGACACGUACGAGCAGUCCGACGAGGACCAGGACUCUAUUAAGGUGGCGCUGCUGGAGACCAAUCCGUAUCUACUCGGCCUGACCAUCGUCGUCUCAAUCGUUCACAGCGUCUUUGAGUUUCUGGCCUUUAAGAACGAUAUCCAGUUCUGGAACAGUCGCCAGUCAUUGGAGGGUCUGUCGGUGCGCUCUAUCAUAUUCGGUGUGUUCCAGUCCUUGGUGGUGCUGCUCUACAUCCUGGACAAUGAAACCAACUUCGUGGUGCAGGUCAGCGUCUUCAUCGGGCUGCUUAUCGACUUCUGGAAGAUCACCAAAGUCAUGGACGUCAGGUUGGACAGAGAGAACAAGAUUGCAGGAUUAAUCCCACGAUUGGUAUUCAAAGACAAAUCCACAUAUGUUGAAUCUUCAACUAAAAUCUAUGAUGAUAUGGCCUUUAAGUACCUGUCCUGGCUCCUGUACCCGCUCUUUGGGUGUUACGCUGUUUACAGCUUAAUCUAUGUAGAGCACAAAGGCUGGUACUCGUGGGUACUCAGCAUGCUCUAUGGAUUCUUGUUAACAUUCGGAUUCAUCACGAUGACGCCGCAGCUCUUCAUCAACUACAAGAUGAAGUCAGUGGCGCACCUUCCUUGGAGGAUGCUCACCUAUAAGGCACUAAACACGUUCAUAGACGACCUGUUUGCCUUUGUGAUCAAAAUGCCCAUGAUGUACAGAAUAGGCUGUCUUCGAGAUGAUGUAGUGUUCUUCAUCUACCUGUACCAGAGGUGGAUCUACAGAGUGGAUCCCAACCGCGUCAACGAGUUUGGCACAAGCGGAGUGGUCCAAAGCAGCGAAAACUCAGCUCAGGCCUCAGUUGGAGAUACAGCUAAUGCUGCCAUCACAGAUAAACCAGAGGAGGAGAAGAAAAACGAUUAAUGCAUUUCACACACUCCUGUCUACUGAAGGUGUAUCGGACAUCUUCAAAGCUGAGUUUAUGUCUAAUCGUCAGGAAAGGGAACUGGAAUAUCGGUAUUCUAUAAAGGACAAUGCGUGAAAUUUCAGUUCAUCUUUCCUCCUUUUUUUUUCUAUGAGAUCUGCAACAAAAAAAAAGAAAAUCUCAUUUAAUGUAGAAUUCCUAAUAUUUUUCAAGCUCCCACAUUUUGCAGUCAAGGUGAAGUAAAAGUGUGAUGUACUGUAUUGUAUACUUUUGGGUUGGUUAACACUACCAUUAUGAAGAUUAACGAGUCAGCAAGUCCCAUUAGUACAGAUGGGCUUUUGCAGUACAUAUUGUAAUGUAUAAGGAGAAGACAAAAAUUAAGCCAAGUGCAAACUUUUGUUUUUUUCCUCUGUGGAUUUUUUUUUUUUUUUUUUUUACCCGUCAUUUUCUUCUCAUUCCAUGCGUGAACGCUGUGUAUCAGGACAGGGCUGAGUAGUGUGAGAGGACGCAGCACGAUUUCUGGAUGAUCCCAGCUGCUGAACCUCUAUACUACUCGCUGGAGACUGUGAAUUUUUUUUAAGGGUUGGUGUUCUAAGCUUGAACAACAAAAAAAAUGCAGCCUAGGUAUUAAAGUAAUUAUAUUAACAUUAUUAACACGUUAACAGUGAUUCAUACUUCGUUUUCCAGCCUCGGAUAGUUUUCUUUUGUAUGUUCUAAGCCUGUACAGUCAGCUUGUUGAACCUAAUUGUGCUGAUGUCAUACUGACCAAAUUGCAGGAACAUUCUGCCCGAGCACGUCAGAUAUAUUUCCCCCCUCGAUUACAUUCACACACUCCAAAGCAGGAUCAUUGUGGUGUGUUAAGUGCAGCUGCAGGCUCUGAUGUGUGCCACAUGUUGUCUGAAUAUUUUUGGGACGAAUUGCCUUCUUUGUUUAGAUUUUUUUUUUUCCCCCCCUCUCCAAAGUUGGAAUUGUUUGCCUUUUAUUUUGGUACAUUAAAGAUUGAUCACUCAUGUUUUUAGUAAAGCGUAAGUUCAGUUUAAAAAAA